AUGUGGAUAAGUAACAUCAUUCUCUUAGGUGUAGUAGUUGCGUGCAGCGCAGACACACACAAUACAAGUGCCAUCGACCCCUGGACUGUGGCAGAAGAAGCAAUCUUAAAAGAAUAUGACCAAAACACUAAUGGAGAUACUCAAUAUACAGGUGUAGUAGUUGCGUUCAGCGCAGACACACACAAUACCAGUGUCAUCGACCCCUGGACUGUGGCAGAAGAAGCAAUCUUAAAAGAAUAUGACCAAAACACUAAUGGAGAUACUCAAUAUACAGAAUGUGAGAUAGAUAGCAGUGAAAUUGGAGUGUGUGUCAAAAAAUCAUUAUGCUCGUCUCCAACCGUCGACCCGGUUACAACAUUUACAUUGCGGUCUUUAAAUACGAAUUCCCGAUCCAGAAGAGAUGUAGUCCCCAAAGCCGAUUCACAAGAAAAUCAAUGUGGAUGGAUGGAAAUAUGCUGCCCGACUGCAAAUGUUAUAACACCAUCUGCAAAGCCUCCGCCCAGCGCCCUCGGUUGCGGCUAUGGCAACCCUGGAGCUGUUUCUUUGAGGGAAAUGAAUGACAGAGCUACUUCUGCGGUGUACGCGGACUUUCCAUGGAUGGUUGCUUUAAUGGUUAAGAAAAAUACGCCAACUGCGACAUUUACAGACGAAUAUAUUGGAGGAGGCACAAUCAUCCAUCCCUCCGUUGUGAUGACAGUAGCGCAUAAAGUUGACAAAGUUACGGACCCUGGGACGUUGAAAUGUCGCGCUGGAGAAUGGAACUGGGCAACAAAAAAUGAACAAUACCAGUAUCAAGAACGAGAUGUAGCAAGGAUUAUAAUACACGAAAAAUAUGAUAAAGUUUAUAUCCACUACAACGUAGCACUAUUACAUUUAAAAUCUGCGUUUGACUUAACAAAUGCACCGCACAUCGGUGUGGCGUGCUUAGAGAAGACAUUGCCUCGCGCUGGCAGUCUCUGCUAUAGCAUGGGAUGGGGGAAGGAUACAGCCAGAAAUCUUAAUAACACAAAAGUUCUUAAAAAGCUUACGCUGCCGUUAGUAGCAGGGGAUGUUUGUCAAGAGCAAUAUAGAGCUUCUACGCUUGGGAAGCGAUACAAGUUACAUAAAACUCUGACCUGUGCGGGUGGAGAAGCGGGUGUCGACACCUGCAUAGGCGAUGGAGGAGCCCCAUUAGUUUGCCCUAUACCAGAUAAAUUGAGGCUGCGUUACUCAGUUGUGGGGAUGGUGACGUACGGCUUAGGCUGCGGAAAGGAAAACGAGCCCGGCGUCUACGCAAAAGUGCCCGAAUUUUACGACUGGGUUGCAAAGCAAAUGGACAUGACAUUAAAAUUAAACGCAAGCACUUUUGUAUAC